GUCCUUUGGUGUUGCACAUGCUUGCAAGGAAACAAGAUGGCGCUCUUCUGUUCAAUCAGCAAUGAAGUUCCUGAUCACCCAUGUGUGUCACCAUCUUCUAACUGCGUGUUUGAGAGGAGGCUUAUUGAAAAGUAUAUUGCGGAAAAUGGCACUGAUCCAAUAAGUGGUGAACAGCUUUCAGAAGAGCAGCUGAUUGAUAUAAAAGUCAAUUCAUUGAUCAAACCUAGACCACCAUCAGCAACAAGUAUUCCUGCUAUUCUGAAAGCACUUCAGGAUGAAUGGGAUGCCUGCAUGUUGCAAAGUUUUACAUUACGUCAGCAACUUCAGACUGCCCGACAAGAGUUGUCUCAUGCUCUCUACCAGCAUGAUGCUGCUUGUCGUGUCAUUGCUCGAUUGACAAAGGAAGUCACUGCAGCUCGUGAAGCUUUGGCAACUCUCAAACCACAAGCUGGUAUGGCUGUGGCUGUUCCUUCAGCUGUUCCAGUGCAGAUGGAGGAAGCUAUGGAUGUAUCGGCUCAGCCUGGUGAAGAAGAAGGAAUGACAGAAGAAGUCCUGCAGAAAUUGCAAGACAAAGCCACUCUCCUCACAGCUGAACGUAAGAAGAGAGGCAAGAAGGUUCCAGAGGACUUGAGUACAACAGAUGAGAUACAAUCUUACAAACCAAUCUCCUCACAUGCAGGCUUACACAGUGCAAGCAAUCCUGGAAUCUUAGCUUUGGAUUUAUUUGCUGCAGAUACAUCCAGAGUCAUUACAGGUGGCCUGGACAAAAAUGCAGUGGUGUUCUAUCGUGACUCAGAACAGGUCAUUGCAACUCUCAAAGGCCACACGAAGAAGGUUACAAAUGUUGUGUAUCAUCCACAUGAGGAUCUUGGUUUCACUGGAUCGGCAGAUACGACCAUCAGGGUGUGGUCCAUUCCACAGGCUUCAUGCUUACACACUGUUAAGGCACAUGAUCAAGCUGUUACUGGGCUUAGUCUCCAUGCAACAGGUGACUACCUCCUUAGCUGCUCAACAGAUCAGUAUUGGGCUUUCUCUGAUCUUAGAACUGGCCAUGUCCUCACCAGGUGUUUAUCAGAUCCUAACAUCAAUCAAGGAUUGACAUGUGCUCAGUUUCAUCCUGACGGUCUUAUUUUUGGUACUGGAACCACUGACAGUGUGAUAAAGAUCUGGGAUCUCAAGGAAGGUGCUAAUGUAGCUAAAUUUCCAGGACAUUCCGGACCAAUUACUGACAUUUCCUUCUCUGAAAAUGGUUACUACCUAGCUACAUCUGCGGACGACUCAGUUGUAAAACUGUGGGAUUUGCGCAAACUGAAAAACUUCAAAACCAUAACGCUUGAAGAUAGAUUUGAGGUUAAAACACUCAGUUUUGAUCAGAGUGGUACAUAUUUAGCCGUGGGUGGUUCCGAAGUUCAGAUCUACCUCGUCAAACAAUGGGAGAUGAUAAAGUCAUUUGCAGAACACUCUGAUGUGACGACAGGAGUGAAAUUUGGCAAACACGCCUCAUUCGUUGCGUCUGUUGGUCUUGAUCGUCAUCUCAAGUUCUACUCGCGAUAGAGCAAGAAAUGGGGCUAAUUUAGUCCCACGUUUACUAACAAUUAACUGUACUAUUUUACUUAUAUUUCUUGUACGUCAAGAUGGUCACGCUACCAUUCUCUUUCUUAUUUCACGCCUCAUUUUUUGUGUUCAUUUCUCUCAGUUAUUUAUAGAUCUCUCUCGUUUUCGGGAAUCUAAAGAGAAUCUGAAAAUAACCAGAACAUUAAGGUUACAUGCGAGUUGCUUGAAACUUGAGAGAUCCUACUUAAAUAAGGACGAAGACGACUAAGAACGUGUUGAAACAAAUGAAAGUGGAAGUUCUGCUCGUGCUUUUUAAAAACUUUGUGUAUUUGAAAUCUUGACUUGGCUCAGAAAGUCCCCCUGGGAUGCCUUCUGUCCUCUCAUCCGCUAUUGUGAUUACUUUGCUGUUUGUCUUACACUAUCGAAGUGCACUCUAAUGCCAGAAGAGGGAGCCAGUUUCUUUGAUUCGUCCUCUUGUUUCAUAUGUAAAAGGAGAGAUUGCAAGAGACUGUGUUAGCCAUAUUUUAGGAAAAGCGGGUAGACAUAUUUGUAGUACAGUAAACACCU